CCCUCCCUCCUCCCCCCCGAGCCGUACCGCGCAGGCGCUGCAGAGAGUGCGGCAGCAGCGGGAGGCGGCGGGGGCCGUUGUGCCGCCAUGGCGGAGGGCGAGGAGUUGAUCUCCGUGAAUUACGAGGUGUCCGGCAAAGUGCAGGGCGUUUUCUUCCGCAAGUACACCCAGGCAGAGGCUAAGAAGCUGGGGCUCGUUGGCUGGGUCCAAAAUACCAGCCACGGCACCGUGCAAGGGCAAAUCCAGGGUCCUACUGUCAGAGUACGGGAGCUGCAGGAGUGGCUCAGGAAGGUGGGAAGCCCCCAGUCCCGCAUCAGCCAAGCCGAGUUCAGCAAUGAGAAGAAGAUCACAGCCCUGGAGCACAAGGACUUCCAGAUUGUGAAGUAGCUUUGUCCAGGAAGAAGCAAAUGCUAAAGCAUGAGCUGUCGUCAUGAAGCAUUUUCCUUCUCUGUUUGUUCAGUCAGCCAGUAUUCAACGCUAGAAAACUUUGUUACAUUUGUAAUUUAUUGGUUUGUGUUACUGUUAGUUUAACUCAGCCUUUCACAAAGCGUUGGCAGGUAGAGGGCGAGCUGUGCUGUCAUUAAAGGGGUUGGUUUGGGAACGCAUCGUUUUCAUCUCUGAGCGUGAAUGCAGAGUAUGGCUUGAGCAGGUGUACGAGUGUCAAAUGUAUCAAUUGUGCUGUGCUCGCAUGAAGAAAAUCACAGAAUCAAUGCUGAUACUAAAUAUUGCUAAAAAUGUUAAUACUGUGCUCUAAAUGCCUCAGAAGCAAUUUAUUUUGUUCCAGAACUUUAUUUUUUCUUUAGAAUAAAAUUGUUUUGGCACUUGC